AUGGCCCUGCCAGUUCCGGAGCCUCAAAUGUCGCGAAGGUACUUUGGGUCCAAGAGGUGCUCUCGAGUUCCACCCUGGUCAGGGGUUGGAAGUGGUUGGCUAAUGUCAGUUUCGGUUCAAAGAGCUCUGGAAGAUCUUCGAGUGGUAAGUUUGGAAGUGCUUCCGACAGUGCCACGGCGGCACCUCCCACUUCUUGAUGCGCAGGCCAUUCGGGUGGUGCAAGGGCUUCAGCAACUAUGUCGCGGGAUACUACUAGCGGCAUAUGCGAGCUUCUCUGACUUGCACUGUACAGCAAUGGCAAAGAUCAGGAAAGAAGUCCUGAGCCAUUUGGCUGAUGCAGAGGCUUGCCUGGUGGAAAAGGCUACAGUUUCUGGCCAACAGCUUCGGACGCUUCAAUUUGCUGAAGAGUUUGAGGAUCUCGAGCUCUUCAUCAAGCUGGCAGCCAAUGCAGAUGUCAAGCGUCUGGAUGAGCAGAUGGCGGCGUCAGAGAAGUUCAGGCCACAUGCUUUCGUCUACUGUUUGCAGCAGCCGCGCCUGCAUCCUCUGUUCUUUCGACUGCUGCGCCUUUUCCCACCAUCAAGCGAGGCGCUGGAGGAGCUGCUCUCUCCGUACCCGGAGCUGCGAUGGACUCUUGAGUUGAGCGGACUUGCAGAGGCAUCGAAGAGCCGCUGGCCUGUGGCGGCUCAUUCGGUGAAGCAGAUGGCCGAAAAGGCUGCUGCGAACGAGAGGCUAGAUGCGACCAGACGGAAGGUGAUGGCAGCUGUAGCUUCCAUAGCGGCUGCUGCCACACAGAUGCAGGAGACCCCGGCCGCCCUCGCCGCCUUCAGACACGAUGCUCUGGGGCAGACCUGCAGUUGA